AUGGCCGCUCUAACGGUUAGGCGGUCCCUCGCGUAUCCGAGCCGUCUCGCUCUUCUGAAGGCGUUUCACGCUUCGUUUGACUUGAUUACUAUCCGCGAGUCUGCGUUUAUCCCUGAACCGUUUUCACCUCGUCGUCUCUCAAGCCGGUCAGGCAGAAUGGCGAGCUCUCGCCUGUCUCUGCUGCUUCCGCUGCUCCUCGCCCUCGCCCUCGCCCUCGCCCUCGCGCCGUCGCUCUCCACCCACGGAUCUGCCCUCGCUCGCUCCAUCUCCGCAAGUGACGUCAGCGACGGGGAUAUCGACCGUUCUGUUACUGCGACUGCCAGUAGCGAGGGGGACUCCACCGCGGUGGCGGUGCCGGGAGCGGAGGAGCACGUGCGCAGGUCGCUCCAGUCGCAGAAAGUCUCAUGUGACCAGAACUCAAUUCUUCCUACUUACCGCGUUAUCUCAGACCUGGGCAACGGCACCAAGGUGAUCCAGCUGAUUAUCAAGAACUUGUGCCCCUAUGACGUCAUCGGCAGGCUUAUCUUCUGGAAUUGCCAAAUGGAUACGAUUUUUGCAGCCGGCAACACCAACUUCCAGACUGGAAAGCUCUUGUUUAACAAGUGCUGCAAAGCCCGUGGUCAAUUUUUUUGCGAGUUGGCAAUCAACACCACUGAUGGGGGCGUGCAGUUGCGCGCUGGCAAGGAGUUCAAAGUGCUGUACUCAGGGACAAGAAUAACCCAUCCUUGUGUGCAGCAGAUCAUGUUCAAGAAUCAAGAUAGGUACUAUCUCGAUGUCAACAAGUGGCCAUAUGAGUGCUACUCUUACGGGGUGUAA